AUGACUCCUUCAAAAUUAGAUACUAUGUCUGUGUUAACUCCGGGCAAGCCACCAUUUGUGCUUUUGGCAUCCAUAGGUAAUCCUGAAGAUGGAUAUGGAAGUACUCGACAUAAUGUAGGACACCAGUUUCUUAACGAGUUAGUUCAGCAUCAUUGGACUGAUUUUGAACCGUUUAAGGUACAUCGAAACUUACCGCAUGGAGAAGUUAGUCUUUCUAAUGAAAUGCAUCCAAACUUGGUGCUAUUCAAGUCAACCAAUUCAUUAAUGAAUUUACAAGGUGGUCCUAUUUCUCAAACGUGGGAAAAAAUCCGUCGACUUAAAGAAUCAUCUACCUCGCCUGCAUUAGUUGUUGUACACGAUGAACUUCAGUUACCACUAGGAAAGUUUCAAAUACGUCGACAAGGAACUAGUGCUCGAGGUCAUAAUGGACUUCGGUCUAUUUCAAACUCAAUGGGUAGUGGGUAUACGAAAAUAGGUAUUGGUAUAGGUAAACCAGCUCAUCGUAAUGUGGCACUGUAUGUUUUAGGGUCAUUUAAACAAGAAGAAAAGAUGGAACUUUCAUACAAUGUUUUUCCAAAAAUCAUAGAGGCAUUAGCUCAAAUGGAGAAGGGGGAGCAUAUUUAUGAAGUAUACAAAUAG